GGCAUUCCCACCCAGCCCAGGAGUUGAAAUAGCACCAGAGGGCCAGAGCCAGCCUUUCUCUCCAGCUCCAGGCUCCAGCUCCCAGCAGCAGGGGAAACUCUGGGAGAGAGCUCCGAGCAGCAGAUCCUGUCCUGCCAAACCCUGAGACCCGCAGGGGGAAGAGCCUGCUGAGUUGCAGCCGCCCAGCAGCACGUAGCGCGGGAACACAGAGCCCUGUGCAUCCUGCGCUGCUGUCCCUGCUGCCCAGGCGCUGGGGCCACAGCCCCAUGAAGCCUGCUGGAGAGGGGGCACCAGGGAGCAGCAAGCCAGCGGGGCCUGAGGCUGACGCUGUCUCGGGGAGGCGGCCCUGACUCCCAAGGGGACCCCCUUCCUCGUGUCCCAGCGCAAAGUCUUCUCCAGGGGUCCCCUGUCCUCCUGCAGCCACAAGAUGGCCUUCCUGAAGCUGCUCUGGCUGGGUCUCUUCUGCCACCUGUGUCAGGGCUACUUCGAUGGCCCCCUCUACCCGGAGAUGUCCAAUGGGACGCUGCACCACUACUUCGUGCCCGACGGGGACUACGAGGAGAACGAUGACCCCGAGAAGUGCCAGCUGCUCUUCAGGGUGAGUGACCACAGGCGCUGCUCCCAGGGGGAGGGCAGCCAGGCCAGCCGGCUGCUGAGCCUCACCCUGCGGGAGCAAUUCACGGUGCUGGGCCGCCAGGUGGAGGACGCGGGGCGGGUGCUGGAGGGCAUCAGCAAGAGCAUCUCCUACGACCUGGACGGGGAAGAGAGCUACGGCAAGUACCUGCGCCGGGAGUCCCACCAGAUCGGGGAUGCCUACUCCAACUCGGACAAGUCCCUCACGGAGCUGGAGAGCAAGUUCAAGCAGGGCCAGGAGCAGGACAGCCGGCAGGAGAGCAGGCUCAACGAGGACUUCCUGGGGAUGCUGGUCCACACCAAGUCCCUGCUGAAGGAAACGCUGGACAUUUCCGCGGGGCUCCGGGACCGAUACGAGCUGCUGGCCCUCACCAUCCGGAGCCAUGGGACCCGGCUAGGCCGGCUGAAAAACGAUUAUCUUAAGGUGUAGGUGAUGGGGCGUCCUGCAAGCAGAGGGGACCGUGUCUGCCCUGCCGUGGAGGGAGGGGGACAGAAGACAGGGCUAACAUUCCCCAUAAAGUUCGUUUUUCUAUCCAGAUUUGCACUUGGAGAGUGAUCUGAAGUCAUGUUUGAAAAGGAAAGAAGUGGGUUUGGUUUCUGUACAUUAUUUAUGAGACUGCAUUGACUCGCCACCUGCAAAGACCGUGCUAAGCCAUGCCUCCCACCUUUCCUCAGAGGCUGGGUAACUGCAGAGACACCUGUUCCAGCCACCUCGAAAAGGACACCCUUUACACAGUGUUGAGUUUCCCCAUCGUAGAGAUUUGCUGCAAAUACCCAGACGGCAGAGUGCUCGCUCCUUCCCCCUCGCAGCCUUCUCUCCUGGGCGCUGGAAGCUGUCAGUGCUGCCUGUGUUUCGGAGGAGGCCCAAGCACUGCUCUGCAUGCCUCCGGGCAGGAUGGAAGCUGCCUGCUUCCUCUUCACUUUUUCUCUCUUAUUUAUUACCAUUGUCUCUAAGGUUUUGUUUUAAGGUUUGUUUGUUUUUUUGUUUUGUUUUGUUUGUGUUUUGGUAAGAGUAUUGGCUAGAAACUAUAUGCAAAUCAUUCUUUGCAGGGAGAUGUCCGAGUGCCUGUGUGUGUAAAUCAAAGCGGCCACCUUUAAGAAGUCUAAGGUUGGUGGUGGUUGGGCACUCACGUCGAUAUGUUGAUUUGCUAUGUCUCUCACUGUAUGUCUGUGUCAUCAGUGCUCCGGUCCAUUAGGAAGAAGUAGCUUGUUUGCUUGAACACACCCCCAAAUGCCUUAUGAGUGAGGUUAUCAAUAUAUUCUUUCUCACUUAGGGGUCUUGCUUCUGUUUGCUUAUUGGAGACUUGUACUUCAGGUAGGGGGAAUUCUAAUAACUCCUUCACCAAGUUUUAUUAUUCAGACAAUAAAUAUGUUCUUGUGUAA